GGGAAGCAGUCACUGGCAGCCCGCCCUUCGUACUAUCAACAUCUCCACCUCCUCCCUCCUACCUCCUUUGGUACUGUUGGCAGUGGCAGGGAAAAUGUUCGCCUCUGCUUGGCAAGGCAUCGUCGUCGUCCUGCUGCUGGCGGCGGCGACGACGGUGAGAGCCUCGACUGAGGGGCAGGAGAAGAAGGACGACCUCGUUUUCGACCUCCUCCAAGACCCUGCAGACGCUAACCUCCACAAAGGCUUCGUAGAGGCCGACCUCCUCCUACCAGCGGAGAGCCAGCAGGUCUCCGCUGUCGCUGCAACGGAUCUCGACACAUCUGCUACAGGGCACAAAGGCUACGGAGGAGGUAAGGGCCACAAGGGACACAAGGGCUAUAAGGGCAGCUACCACGACAAGGCGGGCUACAAGGGCCACAAGGGCUACAAGGCUAAUAAGGGCCACAAGGGCAGCCACUACGGUGACCACGGCAAGGCGCAGUACAAGGGUUACCACGACGACCACGGCAAGAAAUACAAGGGUCACGACGACAAGCACAAGUAUUAUGGCGAUGCUCACAAGGGCAAGAAGGGCAAGAAAGGUCACCACUACGGCUCCAAAGGUCACCACAACAAAGGUCACAAAGACAAGGGGUACAAGAACGUGUACCACAAGGAGGAGUACCACCACAACAAGAAGUUCUACGACGACCACGACGACAAGAAGUACCACAACAAGUAUGACGACUACGACAGCUACUUCAAGGCUCAAAAGGGCAAGGACUACAAGGGCGGCCACUACAAGAGGAAGAUAAAUAGUGGAGGAGGAGGAGGUGAUGAUGAGGAGGCGGACACACACACAAGGGCGGGAACUACUUCAGGGAGUGAUGCAGCUCUCAGGAAACACAAGGUAGAGGCUGAUGCAGCUCUCAGGAAACACAAGGUAGAGGCUGAUGCAGCUCUCAGGAAACACAAGGUAGAGGCUGAUGCAGCUCUCAGGAAACACAAGGUAGAGGGUGUUUCUGAGAGUUCCCCCAAGACUCAGAGUGGACUAAGAGCGAAGAAAAUCUCAGUUAAAGAUAAAGAGAAGUUAGAGAUAAUGAGUGAUAAGAAAUCUCAACCAAAUCGGGUUAAGAAGAGCACUGGAAAGAUCCUCCGCCAUGACGUCAUUGAUGUGAAGAAGAAAAUGGGGAGGAAAAGCAUCAACAGAAAACGGGAAAUUGAUAAAUCUUUCAAAAGAAAACUAAAAGAAAGGGAAAGGAAAGUGGGAAGACAGCAGGUAAAGGAAAAGAAAGCCCAAGAGAAGAAGAAGAAAAUAAGAAACGAAGAUAAGAUAAGAAAGAAGAGAGAUAAUAGUCCAAAAUCCAACGAAACAAGAUCCACAGAGAAAAGAAGAAAAUCAGACAAGAAAGUCAAACAUAAAGACAAAAAACAUCACUUAGUAAACACCGAAGACAAAGAAAGAGGAAAAGAUGUCAAGAAUAUACACAAGAAAAAAGAAGACAAGAAGCCAACGAAAACAAAACAUACAAAGCCAUCGAAGACAACACAAAAAACAGAAGAAUCUACGACUUUACUUACAACUGACGGAGACGAUAAGCUGCAGAGGCGAUCAACGAAGAAACUCCUAAAGUUAGAGCGACAGAAGUGCCGAGGACACUACAGGACUUGUCUCAAAGCUGCGCGACUGAAGACACGUAAAGAAAACAAGGCAUCGUCAUCUGGAUCAAAACAACAAGAAAGCAUUAAAGGAAGUGUUGGGAGGAAGUUUGUAAAGAAGGAAAGGUUAGAUAUAAAGUCUGGUGAUACUCGGAAGGGGAAAGAUGGUGGGGGAGAUCGAGGAAGACUUAAGUUACCCCUGAAAGACAACAAAAAGAAAACGAAAAUAACAGAAAAUGGUCACAGACGUUCUUCACCUCAGAGCAGUCAUUCAUCAGAGCGCAGACGUUCACCCCAGAGCAGUCAUUCAUCAGAGCGCAGACGUUCACCCCAGAGCAGUCAUUCAUCAGAGCGCAAACCUACACAACUAAAAGGAAUCAUAAAGGAGAAGAAAUCGACUACGAAUCAGAGGAGGAAGCAGCAGACCUUUAAGAACACCACGAAACAUAAUCGUGAAAAACGCUUUAAGAACUCAGAGGAUAACAACAGCCAAUCAAAGCUCACGAGACAAAAGAAAACACCAAGAAGAGACAAAAAGACAAAUAAAGGGAGAAAAUUUAACGUUAAAACUAAAGUCACACCAAAAGCAGGACACGAAAGACGUAAUUUAACAAAGACACAACAACGAGGAGGUAAACAACAGAAGAGACGAGAUGAGAACAGAAGUAAACGUCAAGAUAAAGGAAACAUCGCUAAUUAUCGUGCUAAGAGAGAAAGCAGAAACAGAAAACAAACUCCGGACGACCAAAACAAGAUAAAGCAGAUAGAUAAGUCUCCCCUAAAAGUUAAAAGAAACAGGAAUAAUAAGAGAAAUUCUAAAAUAUAUCAAAAUAAUCCUUCACAAUCUAUAAAAAUCCAGAAGGAAAGACCAGGAGAUAAAGAAACAAAAGGAAAAGGAGGAAAAUCUAUGAGAAGUGAGGAGAGAAGUCAUCAACAUACUAAGAAGACCUUCAGAGGUAAACACCAACAAAGUACCAAGACAAAAGACAAUCGGGAAAGUGACCCACAGCAUAAGGAGCCUCAGAGGGGAGACGGGAGACCUGAAGUAAUAAGCGAGGAAGGUAAACUACUCAAACAAUGUCUUAGAGCUCUAGCAAAAGUAGAUCGCAAGACGAGUUUGUUGAUACACGAAAAAUUCCUGACAACAUGCCAACAGAAGCAACGCAGAGGAAACCAACACCGCCAUUCUGAGUUAAGUAAACGUCAGAACAGGGAUGAUGUCAAUAAAUCUACCAUACGUGGGAGACUACGACGAAACGGCAGACAUUCACCACAAGAUAACAAGAAAAACCAACGUGAGGCCAAGAACAUGAUAGAAGGUAACUCUCCAAAACAAAAGAAGAACGACAGACACCCAAAGCAUCGACUAGAACUUAAGAGAAAAUACCUCAAGAAGGAGUCAAGCGAUGGCAUGACCAGACCACUACAACUCUUGCCAAAUCGCCAGAUAAGCCAAAACACAGAGAGAAGAACUGCCACCACUGACAGACGACCACGACCUCACGCCAAUAAGAAAAACAAACAGAAUAACAAAAGUGAUAAAUUCCGGAAGCUUGUGUCGUCAGAUAGAGAAAAAUAUGACGAUUAUAAAAGAUCUCAGGCAGCUGUUGUUGAUAGGAAGAGGAGACGUAAAACACACGAGGGAAAAUCGCUUAAUAAUCUCAUGUAUACUGAUCGUUGGGGGAACCAGAGGGGGUACAGGGACCUUCCAGGGGUUACGAAGGCGGGACAGCGAAGACAGAGAGAAAUUACUCGAUUGAAACAGCGAAAAGAUGAGAAGAGAGAGAAGAGAGAGAAGAGAGAGAAGAGAGAGAAGAAAGAAAGAUAUUUUAAUGAGAAAGAAGGGAAAGGAGUCUCACAUCUCAAGUCCGGUGGGUAUCGUGGAAAAGAAAGCAAGAAAGAAAAUCACAAGGAAAAUAGUCGAUUAAAACGAAGCCAAAAGGAAAAGAGAAAAAGAGAAUCAAAACAAACAGACAACAAAGACAAAACGAAAGAAAAAUCUGAUAAAAAUCAAAACAAAAACAAAAAGAGAGAAAGACACAUCAAAAGGAAAGACAAGAAAGAAAAAAGACAAGAAAAAAUCUAAUGAAUAUCAACAAACGCGACAAAAUCCCAAGAAAGACGACAGCAAACACAUGCCAGCCACCGGGAGGACGGCAAACAAACCCAGCCAACACCACAAACACAGUCCAGCGAGCAGCCAGACGAGCGACCAAGUGUUGAAAGAUUAAUCCACCAAGAAAUUAAACAUGAAAAAGUUCCAUUAAAGUGAGAACGUAAGAAUAAACAAGAGAAGAACA